AUGCUGACCCUUUGUGGCUGGUGGCUUGCUCUACUACUCUCGCCAGUUGUCAAAGCCAGGGAUCAGAUCGCCUUCAAGGCGCCCCACCGGCCAAAUGUACAGACAUUCUCGCUUAGCCACGGCAUUCAUCUUGGUGGCCACGCCUAUCCUGGCCUGCAUCUUGAGCGCCAAUUCAGCGGAAAGGAUCGCAUAGACGUUCGAUCGAGCGAUGAGGCACCGUACGAUGUCUCCAAUCUUGUACUACGAUCGACACCUCAGCUUGUCUACAAGCCGCUCAUCAAGGGUGGCACGCCCGCCUACGAUCGAGCAAGGCGAGCACUCGCACAAGCAAGGCGACAAGGCAAAGAGCACGAGAUAGAAGUCAUGGGCUGGGAUAUUGUUACCGUGCAAGGGCCCGAUACAAGCGAUUGGGAGACCCUCAAUAGCUUGGGCAAGAUGUCAAGCAACGCUUACACUCAGCCUAAAGAUACUUCCGGCUGGAUCGAUCCCGGCAUGCAUUGGAAUCUCAGCAACUCGUUUGGAUGGGAGCAAGAUGGACUGCGAGGUCACGUAUUCGCUACGCCUGAUAAUGCUACGGUCGUCGUCGCGCUCAAGGGCACGUCUGCGGGUCUCGUGGGCGGAGGCGGCAAUACUGGUCGCAACGAUAAGCUCAAUGACAAUCUACUUUUCUCAUGCUGCUGCGCCCGAGUCGAUUGGUCAUGGGCGACCGUGUGUGACUGCUUUGCGGGCGCAUACAAGUGUAAUCAGGACUGCGUGGAGCAGGCCCUGACCGACAAGAGUGUAUACUUCCCGCUUGCUACUGAUCUAUACAACAAUGUCACCAAGAUCUAUCCCAACUCUCAGAUAUGGCUGACAGGUCAUUCGCUGGGAGGCAGCCUCGCGUCACUGCUCUCAAUCACAUUUGGCACGCCGUGCGUCACCUUCGAAGCGCCAGGUGAUCUCAUGGCCGCUAAGCGACUUCAUCUGCCUCUGCCACCUGCUCUGCCUUCGUCACCCGAUCCGAGCAAUCCUUCAGGCGUUGCAACGACGCACGUCUUCCACACAGCUGAUCCUAUACCUGAAGGGGUUUGCACUGGCUCUCUGGCGUCGUGCGCAUUGGCAGGUUUUGCCCUGGAGAGCAAAUGUCAUACCGGUCAACAGGUCGUAUACGAUACCGUCGGCGAGCUGGGUUGGAGCGUUGAUAUCCGGACUCACUCGAUAGGUCAGGUCAUCGACAAGCUACUCCGGCCAGACUGGGACAUCCAGACGGAGGAAGUCCACCUCGACAGCGAGCGGUCCUUUUGGCGAUCCUUUUGGCCAGGAUGGGGUCGUCGUGGCAAUGGCAGCGAGGGAGAUCACAAGCAGAGCCAAGGCGUGCCCAAGCCUGUCACUGAGCAUGACUGUGUCGAUUGCUUCAAGUGGAGUUUCGGCAAUGGUCCCGACUUUACGCCCAAACGCAAGCCCACCCCUGCAGCAUAG